CCAUCAAUGGAGACGACGACUCUCACUCAGCUAACAAGUCUCCUCCUCCUCCUCAGCUUCUUCUUCUUUCAUGUCUCCAAUUCCUCUACUGAUUUUCCCAUCGGAAUCCAUCCUCUAGAUGAGAAAUACUAUGCUUCGGAUGUGAUUAAAUGCAAAGAUGGAUCUAAAUCCUUUACCAUAGAUCGGCUUAACGACGAUUUUUGCGAUUGUAUUGAUGGAACUGACGAGCCCGGAACGGCUGCCUGUCCAUCUGGAAAAUUUUAUUGCAGGAAUGUGGGCAGUACGCCUAAAUUUCUGUUCUCUUCUCGUGUGAACGAUGAUAUUUGUGACUGUUGUGAUGGAAGUGAUGAGUAUGAUAGUAAUGUCAAUUGCCCCAAUACCUGCGUAAUGGGUGGGGAUUUUUCUUAUCAAACAAGAAGGUAUCGCUCAAGAAGAAAACAUCUCGAUCGGAUUGGUGGAAGAAAUGCUAAUGAGGUGAAUAUGGCUGACUCGGCUCAGAGACUUAAAGGUCUGAAGAUACUGGUACUUGUACAGGUCGCCUUUAUCAUUAUUUUUCUGGUUUCCCGAAAAUUAUAUCGCCGAUCCAGGUCUAAAAGAAGACAUUCGCGUUGAGAAUUGAUCCAAGGAUUAUUGUUCCUCUGUCUUUCAUCGUCUCCCAAACAUGAUUAUUGAAUCUAACUUCGGAGUGCAGUUGUGCUCCAGAAUGUUUCUGAAGGUCCCACUUGCUGAUUGUUGACGUUCUUCUUUAUAAUGAAUCUUACAUACAUCUAUCUGGAGACGGGAUUGUGACAACUAUUAAGUCCUGCACCAGUCCUCGAAGUAUCAUAUUAUCAAGUGUUCCUUUGAAAUUUUGACUAUCUCGGUUGAUCAAAUUGACAAGUAAGUUGGAUACUGCAGCACAUCUUUUCGCCUUUUAAGCUCAUUGCAUUGAGCAUGUAUAGAAAAUCAUUUUUGUAUGCUAUUAGUCCAUCUCACACUUUAUCUAUGGCAUCAUACAAUCGGAAAUUGUAUAUUGUGUUUUUAAGGUUUAUAUGUGGAUUUGAAGAGGAGA